GGGAGGCGUGUGUGACAUUCGCUGCUGUAAGCUAGGAGCCGGAUAAAAAAAAUGAAGUGAGGCAGGAAAUAGAUUAUUUUUUUUCUUUUUAGAAACUAGUUUGUAUUUUUAUUUGGACGUUUUUGUAUAUCCCAGCGUUAUAAGAGACAGUUUAGACUGAAGGAGAAAACUUCUACCGUCGGCUUCGUUUAAUUUUAGGCUAACGCUUUUUUUUAUUAACUUGUACAGUAAAUGUUCGGAGUUUGGCGCUAAGCUCAUUUUCUGGAUGUUUCUAACAUGUUGACACAUAGUCGGUAAACUUAUUUUUGUGUGUGUGUGUGUGUUUUAUAGUUUUCCUGUGUUGCAGCUUAAGCUGAGUUUGCAAACUGCUUUUUUUGCUUGCAGGGGUGAAUUUUUUUUACCUCCUUCUGCAUUUCUCUUACUUUCUUAUGCCGACCUUUUGGGGCAGGUGUGCUGAAAGUAGGCCAGGUGUGCUGUGGUACAGAUAGGGUUCACUGUAGUGUGCUACCGGUCCGACAGCAGACUUCAGGGAUUUGUAAGAGAGGUGUCACCAUGCUGCUCUCUCUGGUUGUGCACACAUACUCUCUGCGGUACUGGUUUCCUGCCACCUUCAUGCUGGGUACAGCCCCAGCAUAUGUGCUCUCAUGGGGGGUCUGGCGUUUACUUUCCACUGUCCUACCAGCAAGUCUUUACCAUAAAAUAGACGACCGACUGUACUGCAUCUACCAGAGCAUGGUCCUGUUCUUCUUUGAAAACUACACAGGGGUCGAGAUUGUUAUAUAUGGCGAUAUACCAAAGAAUAAAGAGAACGUUGUCUACCUUUCAAAUCACCAAUGUACAGCUGACUGGAUAAUUGCUGACAUGCUGGCCAUCAGACAAAGCGCCAUCGGUCACAUCCGAUACGUCCUAAAAGACGGGCUAAAGUGGCUCCCACUGUAUGGAUGGUAUUUCUCCCAGCAUGGAGGAGUCUUUGUGAAAAGAAGUGCAAAGUUUAAUGAAAGAGCCAUGAAGAAGAAGCUCCUCACUCAGACUCGAUGUGGAGCACCAAUGUACCUCGUAAUUUUUCCCGAAGGAACCCGGUACAACCCAGAGCUGAAGAAUGUUAUCACUGACAGUCAGAAGUUUGCUGAGAGAGAAGGUCUGGCUGUCCUGAAGCACACUCUCACACCCAGAGUGAAGGCAUCCCACUUAGCUGUUGACAUCAUGAGUGACAGUCUGGAUGCUGUGUACGACAUCACUGUGGCUUAUGAGGGAACGCUGGAUAAAAACGGUCACAGAAGGCCUGCACCAUCCAUGGCAGAAUUCCUUUGCAAGGAGUGUCCCCGCAUCCACAUACAUUUCGACCGUGUGGACAUCAAGGGAAUCCCCUUGGAGCCUGGGCUUUUCCGCAGGUGGAUGCACAACCGCUUUGAAAUUAAGGAUCGGUUGCUGACAGAUUUCUACGAGUCAGAGGAUCCAAACAAAAAGUGCAGAUUCCCAGGCGAGGGCAGAAUCUCUCCGCUGAAACUCUCAAAGUCCCUCCCCUCGGCGAUGAUUUUAGGAGGGCUGACGCUGCCAAUGCUGCUGACGGAGAAUGGCAGGAAGCUUUAUGUGAGAACCUGGGUUUAUGGGACACUUCUGGGCUGGCUCUGGGUGAACAUUUCUCCCUAACGGUUCCAGGGUCUGACUGCCAUGGAGAGACACGAGGAAGGUUCGCAAAUCCCCUUUCCUGUGCUGCAGAAACAGAGUCUGUUUCAGAGGCAGAGCAGUACCUGAUACGAUACAAGAGUAUUGAUUGUCCAGCUGUUGAGCGGAGACACUGAGAAAUACUUGAAGCUUUGUGUAAAAAUUAUUAAUAUAGCAGAUUCAGUGAAACAUGACACAAAAAAUAUCCUGAUACAACUAGAUUUUGCCAAAUUAGCAUUCUUGCAUGCAGUUUAUUCAUUUGGACAUUAGCAAUUUAUGAAGCUCCUGUAUUUUUUUUAAAAAACAAAGUGAGCUGGUUACCUUAAAAAAAAAAGUAAUAAUUUAAGUGCACUGACUAAUCAGUGUCAGAUAUAAUACUUUUACGCCAAGCCCUGUUUGUGGAGGAAUAUGCACUUUUGUGUUUUUUACACUGGCAGAACAGAACAAACAGCACACAGCUCCACCUGGAGGGGUACAUGAAAACCACACCAGCUGCAUUUUCUUUCUUUUUGUAACCAUACUUAAAUAUCCACACCGAACCCUUUUCUUUCUCUCAAGACUGUGAAUGUAGUGCUAAAACCAUUCAUUCAUGAAGACGGGAAGAAAACAGGAAUGUAAACUGCUGGAUUUUUCCGUGCACACUUCUUGGUUACAGACCCCCCCAUGGAGGAAAGUGCACAGAUGAUGCAAAAAUGUGUUCUACCAGUGUAAGAUCAAACUCAAACCUUUAAGUGUCAGCCGUUGCCAAAAGCUGGUGUGUUUGCCAUAAUAUUGUAUGGAGAGUGUCUCUGUGUGUUUUUAUGUUUUAUAUUUAGCUCGUAAAUCACAGCUUUAGGUUUGCUCCUGACUUUUCUUUUAUUACAGUUAAUUAUCCAGUUUCAUUACUUUGAUACAUUUAUCACGUAAUAAAUCAUCUUACAGUUUAUAUGAAAGUAUCUACCUAACAAAUGCUGGUAAAGCCAUGUUAACAGUAUAUACUGCAGGUUCCUGUGCACUCAAAGCCAUUUGUGUUAUCACAUUAUUGUAUUAAGAAAUGCACUAUUUGUCCAUCGUUGUUUACUAUAAAGAUACCAUUGCAUUUUCCACUGGUCACUUUACUUGUAAGCAGUCUCAUCAUGCUCUGUUAGUCGUCUGUGUUUUCAUCAUCUCAAAAGUAAGGUAAUUGCCUCAUUGAUACAUGCCGCUCCGAUACCUCACUUGAAAACUCCUUCCUUUUAAAAAAAAAAAAAAUCCUUGUCAGCCAUUUUAUACUCAUUUUUAUCCUGACUAGAGCGGACUGGUAGCCUGGUCAGGAAACUGCAGACGGUAUUUAAAUGCCAUCAGUCUUUUGGAAACGUGUGCCUUCUCUUUGGGGGCCACAGUGGCUCCUUUCCACCAGGGGACUGUUGGAGCUGCCUCUUACUGCGGCACAUUGUCUACAGUUCAUAGUGGCUUUUUUUUUUUUUUUUUUUUGCUCUAAAAUGCUUUGAUUUACAUUUUGACGACUAUUAAUAAACAAUAAAACAUUUGAAGUGUUCUGGGAUGUGGAACUUAAAGGUGAGAGGGAAAUAAAGAGUUGUUUUUUUUUUCCUUGGUAGUCAUGUUUUCUGUCUGUUUAAAUAAAUGAAUGUCUGCAUUGGUUACACUAGAUUGUACCUGCCAAAAUUCUGGGAAAAUAAAAACUUCUGUCACUGGACUGAAAAAGGGU